GCAAUGCAGACUUUCACGGUGUGAAGAUGUCUAAGUCUAAGAAAGCUAAAUCCGGUUCCCAGAAAAGAAAAGAGAGGCAAGAAAGGGAGAAAAAAAGAAAUGAGGGAAAACAAGUGUUAACAGCCUUCUUUCCCAAGAAAGGACCGUGGAUCUCUAAUGAUCAUGGCCUCUGCCCACCUCUAGAGAGACUCCUCAGAGCUGGCACAGAGGACUGCCACUUGCAUGGGGGUGAGUACAGGAAAAACUUGAGAUGAAGUCGUAGUUCAUGUGAAGAGAUGACCACCAACUGGACUUGGACUUCCACAGUUUUCUUUGUGAAAUGUGGUCCAAAUGUGGUCAUUUAUUUCAUGAACUGUAGCAAUAAAAUAAUCCUGAACAUCAUGAAUCACGAAACAGAAAAAAUCUAAUCAUGCUCUCUCGAAUGAUUUUUCAAAUCAUUCAUUUUCAUAAAAAUGACCGAAAGAUCAAGAGGUUUUGUUUCUGUUUUGUCUUAAGAAAGAAAAGCAUCUGGACUCCUUCUGGACUAAUGACCUUUGGUCCAAAAAGUUACAGGAGCUUCACAGAACAAGGGAAUUCUCCCAGCAUUGUCUAAGUCUCCAACUUGCUGUAGUUGCUUGCAGUCAAUGGAAAACCUCAACCCCCCAUGGAAUUUAAAAUAUUUACAAUUAAUGCCUGAUAAAUGGAAACCUGUUUGAUGAAAAGAGGAGUGGAGGCUCUCUUUCACACCAGAUCACGUCCGCUGACAAAGUGUUUAUCCUUGGAGGAUCAUCCUCUGUGACAAACACUGUGAGUGUUUGUUCAAGAGAUAUUUCGCUUGUUGGAGUUGGGAAAAUGCAUCUGAAGUGAUGCUGCCUCUUUAAAUCUUCCCACUGCAUUUCCUGAGGCUAACAUGUGGGCAUAAAAAAGAGAUAAAGCGUGCAAUGACACACACACACAGACACACACAGACACACAGACACACACACACACACAAACGUAUAAACUUCUCCCAGUCCGUGAAUAAUGGAGAGAGAGAGACCAUCCUGGAUUCACCAGCAGUUGUUGUGGCGUGGGAGGAUGGUGAAGUUUCCAUGAGGACAUGAAGUCAUGGUCACAGUGCAACAGCAUGCUCCCCCUCAGUGGCCACCCCCCCGACCGCUCCGACCGUAAACGCACAGCAUCUGAGCACCAUCUCCUCGCCGGCUCACCACAGGACUCUGACGUAGAGCAGGGCAAGCAGAAGAUGAAGCUGGCGCCUUUCACACGGACUUUACUCUUCUCUCUCGCCUGCUCACUUUUGGGUCUCAGCGGGCCUGUAUCGGGAGCUGACCAGAUGAAGUAUCCUGGCAGAAGACCCCCAUCCCCCUCGGACUUCCUGGACAAGCUGAUGGGAAGAACCUCAGGCUAUGAUGCUCGCAUCAGACCAAACUUCAAAGGUCCUCCUGUUAAUGUCACCUGCAACAUUUUCAUAAACAGCUUUGGGUCCAUUACAGAGACUACAAUGGACUAUCGCUUGAAUGUGUUUCUACGGCAGCAGUGGAAUGACCCUCGGCUGGCCUACAAAGAGUAUCCAGACGACUCCUUGGACCUGGACCCUUCUAUGCUGGACUCCAUCUGGAAGCCUGAUCUUUUCUUUGCGAAUGAGAAGGGGGCCAACUUCCAUGAGGUCACCACUGACAACAAGCUGCUGCGCAUCUUUCAGAAUGGAAAUGUUUUAUACAGCAUCAGGUUAACUCUAAUCCUGUCCUGUCCAAUGGAUCUAAAGAACUUUCCCAUGGAUAUCCAGACGUGUACCAUGCAGCUUGAGAGCUUUGGCUACACUAUGAAUGAUCUAAUAUUCCAGUGGCUGGAUGAGGGCCCAGUGCAAGUGACGGAUGAUCUGGUACUGCCCCAGUUUGUGCUCAAGGAGGAGAAGGACUUAGGCUACUGCACCAAGUACUAUAACACAGGAAAAUUCACUUGCAUCGAGGUCAAGUUUCACCUGGAGCGCCAGAUGGGGUACUACCUGAUCCAGAUGUACAUCCCCAGCCUCCUCACGGUCAUCCUCUCCUGGGUCUCCUUCUGGAUCAACAUGGACGCCGCUCCUGCCAGAGUAGGCCUGGGCAUUACCACCGUGCUCACCAUGACAACACAAAGCUCUGGUUCCAGGGCUUCACUGCCCAAGGUGUCCUAUGUGAAGGCCAUUGACAUCUGGAUGGCAGUCUGCCUGCUCUUCGUGUUCGCCGCUCUACUGGAGUACGCCGCUGUCAACUUCGUCUCCCGGCAACACAAAGAGUUCUUCAGACUCAGGAGGAAGCUGAAGGAGGAGCAGCGUCUCAGAGAGGUAGCAAACUCGAAAGCGAAGAGCAACAAUGGCCUGCAGGGAAACAACCCUUCCAACAAGGGAUGCCAGAAGCACUGCAAUGCCUGUGCACGGGACUGAGCAGCCAAUGUCUGAUCACACCCUGCGUUGCAACUUGACCUGAUCUUGCCUGCGCACAAAUCAACCCAAAAGACAAGAUGCUCUGGAGGACGGCUUUAUAAAACAGCUGCAAGAUAUAACGGUCAACCUUAAAACUAUUUAAUUUCCUCAGGAAAAACAUCCGUUGUUGCAGCUUUUUAAUUUUGGAGGUUGCUCAUUUAUCAAACUUCAAUUUCGAUUUCGGUUGACCAUGUGGUAUCUCUCCCAUAUGAGGUCUAAAAUACUUAAAAUAGGUGGGCAAGUGAACACAAUAAAGCACGAUGGUUAAAAGAGAAAGAAGAGUUAUUUAAAAACAUAAUGGUUUAGAAUUGAACUUUUCUGCUCCAUGUUUCUGAGUGCCCACAGGAAGAGCAGCUGGCUCAGGAGAAUCAGCCCUUCUACCUCAACGCGUUUGGC